CUGCAAUUAGCGUCCUAUUUUUUGUUGGCGCCCGAAAAAAGUUAUUUGUAAUUGGCGGCCUCGGCUUGGUUCAAUCCACUCCUGGUUUUCUCCACAAAGGACACAAGAUGCAGAAGGCGCGUCCCAGCAAGGGCACGCCCAAGGCGGUGGGCGGCGGACGCCAGAGCGGCCAGUUCCGGGUGCCGCAGCUAACUGCCCAGCAAUUGCGGGCACAGCAACAGCAGCAGGAGGAGGAGGACGCGGGCAUGGACGCCCUGGACGAUGCCCUGAUCUUCGACGACGAGGAGGGCGGCACCCGCAUCGGCGACAUAUACAUCCCGCCGCCGGUGCCGCCACAUUGCUCCAUGGAGAGCGUGGGGCCGCGACUGAUCAUCGCCAAGAUCGUGAAUCGGAAUUUCAAGAGCUACGCCGGCGAGGUGGAGCUGGGUCCCUUCCAUCAGAGCUUCACGGCCAUCAUUGGGCCGAAUGGCAGUGGCAAGAGCAACGUCAUCGACUCCAUGAUGUUCGUCUUCGGCUGCCGCGCCAAUCGCAUCCGCUGUAAGCGCGUCUCCACGCUCAUCCACUCCUCCUCGAGAUUCCCCAAUCUGCGCAGUUGCUCGGUGGCCGUGCACUUCAAGCAGAUCGUGGACAAGGGCGAUGGCACCUGCGAGGAUGUACCCGACUCCAGCAUUGUCAUCGAACGCACUGCCAUGGCGGACAACUCGUCCUACUACACGGUCAACGACAAGCGGGCCCAGCUCAAGGAUGUGGCCAAGCUGCUGAAGAAACACCAUGUGGAUCUGGAGCACAAUCGAUUCCUCAUCCUCCAGGGCGAGGUGGAGUCGAUUGCCAUGAUGAAGCCCAAGGGGCAGACGGAGAACGAAACGGGAAUGCUGGAGUAUCUGGAGGACAUUGUGGGCACCCAACGCUACAUUCGCCCACUGCAGCAGAUAAACCAGAGGGUCGAUCAGCUCACCGACGAUCGAACCGAGAAGCACAACCGCUGUAAGCUAGCCGAGCGCGAAAUGAAGGACCUGGAGCAGCCGUUCAACGAGGCCGUCGACUAUCUGAAGAAGGAGAACGAGCUGGUGCGGACCAAGUCCUUCCACAUCCAGAAGAUCGUCAGCAUCAAGAAGAGCAAGCUGGAGCAGUACACCCAGGAGCAUGAGGCCUGUGUGGAGGAGAUGAAAGCCCACGACGAGGGAACUGCUGCCCUGAAACAAGAACGCGCCGAGAAGGAGACCAUCAUUCGGAAGGAAAUUGAAGCCUACGAAUCUCUGGUGAAGAAGCGCGAACAAAUCAAGAAGAGGCUGGUGACCGUCGAGAGUGCUCACACCGAGAUUCAAAGCACCAUGGAGAACACUAACAAACAGCGCAAGAAGGACAAGGCCCAGAUAGAGAAGAACGAGAAGGAGCUGGAGGAUCUGCACAAGUUGCCGGAGAAAAAUCAGCGAGAGAUCGAAGAUUGUAACAAAAAACUGGAGGAGCUGGAGAAGAGUAAGGCGGCGCUGAGUGAGGAGCUCGAAAAAAAACAGGCCGAGCUGACGGAAACCACGGCCCCAUUGACCGAGAAGCGGCUGAAGCUCAGUGAUGAGCUGGUGGGGCUCAAGGAGAAGGUCAACACGGCCAAGGGAGAGCUGCAGGUGAUCGAGUCGCAGCUCAAGAUUCUCAAACAGGCCGAGACCACCGAGACUAGGAAGUAUGAGACCCUGAAGAGCUCCUACGAACAGUCGCAGAAGAGUCUGGAGGAGAAGGUGACCAGGGUGGACGAGCUGAAGGAGAGCAUUCCACGCAUGAAGAGCGAAAUAGCCAACAAGACAGCGGAAGUGGAUAAAAUGGUCAAGGAGGAGCGCAACCUGUCCAUGCAGUGCAACAAGCUCAGGACGGAGAUCAACGAGCGUUCGCGGGUCAUGCAGGCCCAGCGCUCUAACAACAAAGUCCUUGACUUCCUCAUGCGCAUGAAGACGGAGGGAAAAAUCCCAGGCAUUCUGGGCAGGCUGGGCGACUUGGGCGGCAUAGAUGCCAAGUACGAUGUGGCCAUUUCAACCGCCUGUGGCCGCUUGGACAACAUUGUCACGGACAACUAUGACACUGCCUCGGCGGCCAUUGGUGCCCUGAAGGAGUACAAUGUGGGCAGAGCCACUUUCAUUACACUGGACAAGAUUGAGCACCUUCGUCGCGAGGCCAAUUCCAGGAUAAAUACACCAGAGAACGUUUCUAGGCUCUAUGAUCUGGUCAAGGUUGAGGACGACCGGGUAAGAACCGCCUUCUAUUUCUCCCUGCGGAACACACUGGUGGCCGACGAACUGGAGCAGGGCACCCGCAUUGCCUACGGCCGAGAACGGUUCCGCGUGGUAACCCUAAAGGGUGAGAUGAUCGAGAUGACGGGCGCCAUGUCUGGUGGCGGCAACCGCCCCAUUCGCGGCAAAAUGGGCACCCAGGUGCGCACGAAGACGGCCGAAUCGGCGGAUAGCUCGCAAAUGUCGCAGAAGGCUCUGGAGGACAUGCAGAUUCAGGCAGAGGAGCUGCAGACGCGUGUCAACUACUGCCAGGAGCAGCAGGGUAGUCUGGAGCGCGAGAUUCAAACCCUUAGAAACACCCAGCAGCGAGACGAGGCGGAGUACAAGCGGCUGGUGGUGAGCAUUACCUCGCUAGAGCAACAGAUGGCCAGCAAUCUGAAGCAGUGCGAGGCGCAGCGCCAGCGGAUGCUCAAAAAGACAACGGACGAGGGGGCCGUCAGAGAGCGGGAGGAGCAAAUAGAAGCAGCGAAGCAAGAGCUGGAGCAGGCACAGUUCGCCGAGCAGGCUGUCUCCAGCCAAAUCGACGAGAUCCAGACGCAGUACGAGACCAUGAGAAACGAAAAUGUCAAGCCUGUGCAGGCCAAGAUCAAGAAGGUGGGCAACCAGAUCGAGAAGCUGGCCGCCAAUGUGCGCUCUCUGAAUGUGGCCCUGGCCUCUGCGGAUCGUAACAUACAAAAAAUCACCGGAAACAAUAAUAAUCUGCGGGAAAACAUAAAAGCGGCGGAGGAAAAGUUAAAAGCAUUGUGCGAGGACCGCCAGAAAUGUCAGGAAAAACAGGAGGAGCUGGAGAAGGAAGCCGAGGAAGCGGAAGCAGCCAUAGAAGGGGCCAAAUCCCAAUCUUCGGAUAUCAAAAAACAAAUAGAUGAGCUCACCAAGGAGGAAAACAAAAGAAAUUUAGAGCGCGUUGAAAUAGAUACAAAGCUACAGGCGGCUGCGGUGAAGAUGAACAAGGUCAAAUCCGACAUUCCCGGCUGGCAGGCUCAACUGGGUCCUCUGAAGCUCAACGAGAUUCCCGGCGAAACAGAACCACAAGCGCCGCUCAAAGAACUCAGUGAAGAGGAGCUGGAGGCAGAGACCUUGGAAGCCUUGCAGUAUAAGCAAACCAUGCUGGAGGAGGAUCUGAAAACCAAGAAGCCCAACCUGAGUUGCAUCAAGGAGUUCAACGAGAAGCGCAUAGUCUACCUGGAUCGCGUCCGUGUCCUGGAGGACAUCACCUCCAAGCGAAACGAGAUGCGCGACAAGUAUGAGGAGGUGCGAAAGCGUCGCUACAAGGAGUUCAUGGAUGGGUUCAGCAUCAUCACGAGAAAGCUCAAGGAGAUGUACCAGAUGAUCACGCUGGGCGGCGAUGCCGAGCUUGAGCUGGUGGACUCCAUGGAUCCCUUCACGGAGGGUGUGAACUUCACGGUGCGACCACCGAAGAAAAGCUGGAAAUACAUCUCGAAUCUCUCAGGCGGUGAGAAGACGCUGUCCUCGCUGGCCCUGGUCUUUGCUCUUCACUACUACAAGCCUUCCCCGCUGUACUUCAUGGAUGAAAUCGAUGCGGCGCUGGAUUUCAAGAAUGUCUCUAUUGUAGGACACUACAUUAAGGAGCGCACGAAGAACGCCCAGUUCAUCAUUGUUUCACUCCGCGUCAACAUGUUCGAGCUGGCCAACUUCUUGGUGGGCAUAUACAAGGUCAGCGACUGCACGGACUCCAUCACCAUGCUAAACUAUCCGCCUGCGCUGCCCAGUCAGCAGACCGCGAUCCCCAACAGUCAGUAUGUGGGCGGGACCAUCGAGCAGGAUGUUACCAUGCAGCCCGACGAGACUCAAACUCAGGAUAGCCAAGCCAGGGCUUCAGAGCAGAUAGUCAGCUUGAUAAGUCAGUUGGGGGGCAGGGAAACCACCUUUGCUCCGCCCUUGGAGAGCACAGGAAGGGACACCACCUUUGCGCAAACUGUGGAGCGAGCCGUCAUCGCGGAGGCCGCGGGCAGAAUAACCACGGAUGUCUCCCUAGACAGUCCGCCCUGCUCCCCACCGCUGGUUAAUGCAUAACUUUAAAUCGAAGACAUAUUUUAAUAUUAGACUACUUAGGCCUGUUCCCUCAUCUUGUAAAGCUCCAUGUUGUAAACUGCUUAUUUUCCUUAUAAUUUGAUUAUUUAAACGCUAAAAUGGACCCAGCGGAAUUGUUUUUUCACAUAAUUUAAGAAAAUGAUGUACCAGCGACAAACCUUUCUUACAUGUUAACAUCGUUUUGUCAAUGUUUUUGUAUUAUUAAACAAAAUUUGUAUAUUAUAACAUUUACAUCCUUAACUAAAGCUA